AUCGUCACCCUUUGGAACAAAACCUUCAGGCAUCCCGCCCGCGAAGGCUACCGAAAAAAAAAGGGACGGUGAUCGACGCUUACAUAAGCAACUUUCGCCUCCACACCCUCACCCUCAAAACCUAUCAUCCUUACCUUAGGUUGUAAAUUUUACUAGAAUUAUUUGAAUACGUAAAUAUCGCAAUACGCGCUUAAAUUUCACAUCUUUAUUAGGGUCGAAACUGAAUUCAACUUUUCUUCAUCAUCUCAACUAUCACUUUCGAGCUGCUGCUCGCCUUCCGCACAUUGUUCUUAUUUAUGGUGAGUCACCAUGAAGCCAUCAUGAAUGCGAGGAAAAUGUGGACAGUAUCCUUUCUCAUGAUCUUGAGUCUGUCGAUCUCAGGAUAUUUGGAUGUUUCACGGUACCAACAUGCAUAUGUUCGAUCGCAUGCACCAGUUUGGAACAAGUGUUUGUUCGAAAUUGCACCGGCAAGACUACUCUCCUGUGCUGCCAAUGGCGCGUUCCUGCAAGUUGUAUCCGCAUGUCCUCCUCUAAUCACGCGCGGAAUUCUAAGCGGACCAACUACCCUAAUCCCCGAGCCCUCCCUGCCAGCAUGCCGGGUCCUGUGUUAUCCUGUGUUUUUGCAGCGCCAAUGGGAUUCUGCGGGUGCUCACCACUGCAAAUUAGGGGCUUGCCCCUUUGUGUGGCUUAUGACCAGGUUGGAUCAUUCCUUUCAUCCCUCUGGUGACUUACGUGUGCACUUCCGACUGCCUGUCUGUGUUGCGCUUGCGUCCUCGCUCAGCUGAUUAGACUGCAUGUAUCCAAG